AUGGCGCUGAGUGUCAGCGUCAAGAGGGUCACCCAGCUGCCAGGGACAGGGGAGAGGCAGGUGCAACUCAGCUUCCGAGGUUUUAGACAGAAGACAAAGAAGAUACACUGUGGCCAGGAAGCUGUCUUUGGAGAGCUCUUUCGCUGGCCUCAUUAUGGAAAGCUCUUAAUGGAAGAGAUGCUGAUAGUUAAAGUUUACAACUGCAGCAAAGUAUUCAGUAAUAGAUUACUUGGUACCUUAGUUAUCAGCCUUCAGCACUUGGUAGCAUCUGGACGUCUUAACAUCAGAGAGGCUCUUGUUGAUAAAAACCACAGCAUCACUGGAAUAUACAUUGAACUAGAACUGCGGUAUCAGCCUCCCGAUGGCUCAGCAGGAACAUGGGCUGAAGAAGAUUUUGUCUAUCAGAUGAAAGACAGUUCAGAGGUUAUAAUCCGCAACCCUGGAUUUGAGGAGUUGGAGCUUGAAGAUGUGAAGCGAGCUGCUGAUUUGGACAGAAAGGCUGCAGUGCUUGGCAGAAAGCUUGUCAAAGGCUUGGAGACUGAUGAUGAUGAGGAUGACUAUUAUGAUGUAUCUGACAUGGAAUUCUCUGGUAUUGUCUUCAGCCUGGUGAAAAGCCGCUCUAGAGUUUUCUCCAAAUGGGACAUAUAUUCUACUCCUAGACCACAAAACUUCCAGAUUGGCAUCAACAUAAUUGAAGCCCAGAAAUUGGUGGGGGUGAACAUUGACCCCUUUGUGGUUGUGAAAAUUGGAGAUGAGAAGAGACAUACUGUAACACAGAAAUCAACCAACUGCCCAUUUUACAACGAGUAUUUUACAUUUGAAUUCCAUGAACCAAGAGACGUGUUAUUCCAUAGACUCAUAGAGAUUUCUGUCUUUCAUUCAAAGAAGAUCUCAUUCCUGGGUACACUCAUAGGGAUGUUCAAGAUUGAUCUAGAGACUGUAUACAGCCAGCCAGAUCACAGAUUCUAUCAGAAGUGGGCUGUUAUUAAUGACCCAAAGGACACCAGGGCAGGAAUUAAAGGAUUUGUGAAGUGCAACAUUUCUGUCAUUGCCCGGGGGGAUGUAAUGGGUUCCCUUCCCACUUCCUCUGGCAGCCAGAAUGAAGACAUUGAAAAGAACUUACUGCUUCCUAAAAGAGUUCCAGCUGAGAGGCCUUGGGCCAAAAUCUGUGUCAAAAUUUACAAGGCAGAAGGUUUGCCAAGCAUGAGUGCAGGAAUCAUGGGCGGUUUUUCAAAAAUUGUGGGUGAGAAGAAAGUCUUCAUUGAUCCAUAUGUGCAAGUUGUAUUUUCUGGACAGCAGGGAGAAACAUCGGUUGAAAGUAGCACCACAGAACCAAUAUGGAAUGAGCAAAUCAGCUUCAUUGAGAUGUUUCCUCCUCUUGUCAGAAAAAUAAAAGUCCAAAUGUUGGAUGAUGCAAACAUUGGAGAUGUUGCCCUUGCCACACACUUUAUUGACCUGAAGCAGAUUUCUGACCCUGGAAGAAACGGCUUUAACCCCACGUUUGGUCCAACUUGGGUGAAUUUAUAUGGCUCGCCCAAGAACUCAGCUUUGCGUGAUGUACAUAAAGAUCUCAAUGAAGGCCUGGGCGAAGGCAUAUUCUACCGUGGGCGCCUUCUCAUGGCCAUUACUGUGGAGCUUUUUAGCACUAUCCAAGCAGCAGAAAAAAAGCCUGUGGAGGCUCUCAAAGGUGCCUUAAGCAAACUCAAGCUGAAGAAGAAAAGUAAAAAGGCCAAGGAGAAAUCUAGAGCCUCUGUAAAGGAGCAACAGCAAAGCCAAGCUGAGGUUGGCGUUGCUGAGGAAGCUGAGCAGCCAAAUGAAGUGAUUGUGGAGGUAGAGGAGCUCCAUCCUCUCCCAGAGAAUGCCCUGGGAGUUAAAGAAGAAUUCCUCCUCUUUGCUUCCUUCUUUGAGGUGACUAUGAUGGACCCAUCAAUAGGGACCAAGCCUGUGAAAUUUGAGAUUUCUAUAGGGAACUACGGCAAAGCUGAAGAGGUUGUGACCGCGGUUUCCAAGAAAGGUGAAAAGGGAGAGAAGAGUGAAGAGAAGCAGCCUUUGCUGGAACCCAGUUCAGAUGAUGAGCUAGAUGUUGAAGUCAUAUCUCCAAGUACACCUUUGCUUGAUAAGUCUGUGACUCUAAACCAAAGGCCUGAAGCCACUGAAUAUGACAGCUCUUACAGUUGCCUGCCCAUGCUGCAUGAGAAGCCCUGUGUGUAUGUUUGGAGCUACUGGGAAGACUAUACCUGGAGACUCUGUAAUUCCAACUGGAUUGUCAAAAUAGCAGAGCGUUUGGAACAUGGACUGGAAGAUGUGGAAAAGCUCUUGAGAAGACCAAAGUCCAAAGCAGAUGAGAGGCUUCGGCAGGUGCUGGAGGAAUUUGUUGCUGGAUGUAGGCAGUAUUCAUUUAAUGUGGACAAAAAGCCAAUGACCCGUCCAAAUAACCUUGAUCGCUGUCGGAUGAAAUCUCUUCCACAAAACAUUAUACUAUAUGCAAAGCAGGGGCUUCGCAUAAGGAGGCGAUUGAAUCGUACCAACAUCAAAGAAAAGCUAAAUGAGACAAAAUUAAUACUGUCCAAGUUGCGCUUCCUGGCUAAAGAGCCCCAGUGUACUAUUCCUGAUGUCCUGAUCUGGAUGUUUAGCAACAAUAAGCGUGUAGCAUACACAAGAAUCCCUGCUCAGAACAUUCUUUAUGCAGUGGUAGAAGAGGAGAAGGGCAAGGAUUGUGCCAAGAUACAAACUGUCUUUCUAAAGGCUCCAGGGUCACGCAUCGGAGAAAUCUUUGCAAAGAUGGAAAUCUAUAUGUGGCUUGGGAUAACUAAAUAUGUGAAGAAUAGCACUGCAGAGCUACCUGAGGAGUUCAAGCCAAUCUAUGAUAAAGCUCAGCAAACUGCAAGGAUUCCAGCAAACAUCCCACCUAGUCAGCUCAACAGAGAUGAUUUCAGUUACUUCCAGUUGCGAGCCCAUUUGUACCAGGCUCGGGGGAUUCUCCCUGCAGAUGAAAAUGGCCUUUCAGAUCCAUUUGCAAGAGUGGUGUUUUCAACUCAAUGCCAGACUACAAGUGUCUUGGAAGAGACUCUCAGCCCAAUGUGGAAUGAACUACUUCUGUAUGACCAGCUUGUUAUCGAUGGGAAGAAAGAGGACUUGAAGACAGAAACUCCUAUUGCUGUGGUCAAUAUAUUUGACCACAAUAAAUUUGGCUCUCCAGAGUUUCUUGGUCGAGCCUUUGUUACUCCACAGGUGAAGCUGGUAGAUGAGCCAUACAACAAACCUGCUCUCCAGUUUUUUGAUAUUUAUAAGGGGCAUCGAGCAGCUGGGGAAUUAAUUGCUGUCUUUGAGCUGAUUGAACUAGACUAUAGUGGCUACUUAGAGCCAUCAGUGCCUAAUGAUGUAGAUCCUAAGGAUCCAGAAUUCCUGGGGGACCCCCGUUCUGGACGAUUCAUUAUCCCUGAAGGAAUCCGACCGAUCCUGAAGGAGUUCCGCAUAGAGAUCUUGUUUUGGGGCCUGAGAGAUCUGAAGCGUGUGAACUUGUUUGAGGUUGAACAGCCACAAGUGAUCAUUGAAUGUGCUGGGAAGAAAGUGGAAUCAGAAGUGAUUACAUCAUUCAAAGAGAACCCGAAUUUCACGGAACUUGUCAAAUUUGUCAAUGUGGAGCUUCCUGAACAAGUGUAUUUACAUCCACCCCUCAGCAUCUUCGUGGUGGAAAAGAGAGCCUUUGGACGCAGCGUUAUGGUGGGAACGCACAUAGUUUCCCAUAUUAUGAAAUUUGCUCCUAAAGAGGUAGAUGAGUUUGAGGAGGAGACAGCUAGCCCAUCCAAGGCACGGAAAGCCUCAGCUCGGCCUAACAUCUCCAAAACAGUGAUGAACCUUGGUGCAGCUGCUGGGCAGACUGUGAUAAACAUUGGUGCAGCUGCUGGACAAACUGUGAUAAAUAUUGGUGCAGUUGCUGGUGAUUUAGGUAGCAAAGCAAAUCCCCUUAGGCUUGUAAAGGCACCUCUGAAGAAAAUACCUAUUGAUAAUCUCAUGAAGAAAGAGGAAGAAUUUGAGGAGGAAAAGCCUGAGAAGGAAGAACUAGAUUGGUGGUCUAAGUACUAUGAAUCAUUAAAGGAAUUAAAUAACCAGCCCAAUAGUGAGGAUGAGGAGGAUGAUCCUAAUGAUCCAGAUGGGGGAAACUUAAAUGUUGCUUCUCUUGAUGUGGAAGUAGAAGAUGAGCCAAUAGUUGAAGUUGAAGUUCGUCCCAAAAGAAAACUUAUAGCCACAUUGAAGAUUUACAGUUCAGAACUGGAAAAUGAGUUUGACAAUUUUGAAGACUGGCUAUGUAUUUUUCCACUUCAUCGUGGGAAAGCAAAUGAGGAUGAAGAUGGAAAUGAAGAAGAUAAUUUUGUGGGGAAAUACAAGGGUUCAUUCUAUAUUUAUCGUGCUGAAGAGGCUGAUGCAGAACACAAGAUUUCCCAAGGCAUCCCCAGAAACAGACCUAUCAAGGUCCUUGUCCGAAUUUACAUUGUUAAGGCAACUAACCUGACUCCAGCAGACCCCAAUGGCAAGGCAGAUCCCUACCUUGUGGUUACAAUUGGGCACCAAAAGAUAGACACCAAGGAGCGAUAUAUCCCAAAGCAGCUCAAUCCAGUCUUUGGAGAAGUGCUGGAGCUGAGCAUAUCAUUUCCCAUGGAAUCAGAACUCACCAUAUCAAUAUUUGAUCAUGAUUUGGUUGGGUCUGAUGACUUAAUUGGAGAUACAAAGAUUGAUCUGGAGAAUCGAUUCUACAGUAAACACAGAGCCAACUGUGGAGUAGCCUCACAAUAUGACACAGAGGGAUACAACAUGUGGCGAGAUGCUUUCAAGCCCUCACAUAUUUUGGACAGCUUGUGCAAGAAGAGUGCACUUCCUUCAGCUGAAUACAGACGGGAGGAAGUGAAAGUGAACAACAAAAUUUUUAAGAUCCCUCCCGAAGCUUUCCCUGAAGAAGCCUUUGUAAAAGACAAGAAAGAAAAUGAAGAUGAGACUUUGUCUGCUUAUGAUGAGCAUAAAGCUUUGUAUGUUCUUCAGCACUGGGAUGAAAUGCCAGAGUAUGGGUACAAAUUAGUACCAGAACAUGUGGAAGUUCGAUCCCUUUACAAUCCAGAUAGUCCUGGUCUCCUGCAGGGCUCUCUCCACAUGUGGAUUGACAUGUUUCCAAAUGAUAUUCCUGCACCAGCACCUGUUAACAUCAAACCACGCCUUCCAAUCAGUUAUGAGCUACGUGUCAUUAUCUGGAACACAGACGAUGUGAUCCUUGAUGACGUCAAUCCAAUAACAGGAGAAACCUCCAGCGACAUCUAUGUAAAAAGCUGGAUCAAAGGGCUAGAGAAAGACAAACAAGAAACAGAUGUUCACUUUAACUCUUUGACUGGGGAAGGCAAUUUCAAUUGGAGAUUUGUGUUCCGGUUUGACUACCUCCCGACAGAGAAAGAGAUAACCUACAAGAAAAAGGACUCAAUUUUUUCUCUGGAGGAAUCGGAAUUUCGGGAACCAGCAGUGCUAGUACUUCAGGUCUGGGAUUAUGACAGAAUUUCAACAAAUGACUUUCUAGGGGCCAUUGAGUUAAGGCUGAAUGAUAUGGUGAGAGCUGCCAAGAGUUCGGAGCAGUGUACCAUUAAGAUGGCCAAGGAGAAGGCCAUGCCUCGCUUCUCCAUUUUCCGAAACAAACGAAUGAGAGGCUGGUGGCCCUUUAUCAAACUGAAAAGUCAAGAGGACGUUGAAAGGGAAGAGAGGGAGGCUAAGCAGAAGAAGAAAAAGAAGAAGAAGAAGAAAUGGAGGAGCUCAGUGAAGCCAGAAGAUGUUGAGUUUUCGGAUCCUAGUGGAAACAUCUUCCUCCUAACGGGAAAAGUGGAAGCUGAAUUCCAGCUAGUUACAAUUGAGGAGGCUGAGAAGACCCCAGUUGGCCUAGGGCGGAAAGAACCUGAACCCCUGGAGAAACCUAACCGCCCCAAAACUUCCUUCAACUGGUUUGUGAACCCGAUGAAAACCUUUGUCUUUUUCAUUUGGAAGCGGUACAAGAAGUACAUCAUUGCAUUGCUCAUUAUUGCUAUUUUGACCAUAUUCUUGGUUCUAAUUCUCUACACAAUGCCUGGGUACAUCAGUGAGAAGAUAAUAAAUGGCUAAGUGAGGUCUCUCUCUCACUCACUCUCCAAGCGGGGACUUGACAAAGAAAGAACACAGUGAAUUCUGUACCAAAGACAUUAAGGAACAUUUGCAGCUGCCUGAUUGAACCUGGAGCGCCUUGAAAUUGCACCUGACAGAGGAAAGCAAAGGACUGCCCAUAUCUGAGCAGUCAGACUGCCUAUCAUAUCUGGGAUAUGAGGACAAUAGUCUCUAAGGGCCUUGAGAAUUAUUAGAUAAAUGGCUUGCCUAUCAUUCGCUUUGAAGAUGGUGUAUUGCUGUCAAUCAGAAUUGGCUCUGUGAGUCUUCAUGGUUAAAAUAAUGAGAAAGCACUUCAAGGCAAUAAAAGGAAGAGAGAUCUCUUGCUAUAGCAGUGGAUGUAGAAGCACUGAAUCCCCGCCGUAUGGAAAGGACUCUGCUACCUGAUACUACUGCUACCUGUAUUUUAAAAGCAUAUAUCAUCUAUUAAAUCAUGAGUCGAUAUAGAAAUUAACACUGUGAAAUAAGGUCAUGGACAUCUUAAUUUUUGCUAUUCCUGAAGAGAUCUAUAGGAGAGAUCUUAAAAGCCAAGUCGAAGACAGAUCAUCAUCAGAGAGAAUCUUAUCUAUGUGGUCAUUGAGAGUUGACACCAACUUGAUGGCACUUAAUCAACCAAUCAAUCAAUCAAUCAAUUAAUCGAGAGCUAUAUACAUUUGUUUUACUAAGUCCCUGAAAUAUGACAUGGCUUUACAUGCACUAUUUAAUAAAUAAC